AUGUGGUUUCUACUUUUUAGUGGUAUCGUGUCUAUUAUUGCAGCACAAGAUUCCGAACAUCUGAAAGAAAUGCGUUUUAAAUUGUGGUUACAACCUGAUACUGAAGAAUGUUAUCAUGAAUUAAUAGAUAAUGGUACAAGUAUAUAUUUUAUAUAUGAAAUUUUAAAUGCUCAAACACAUGAUAGCAGUAUUAUUGCUUUUUUUCGCAAUGCUACUAAUGGAGAUGUUGUAGCUGUUUCAACAGCUCCUCAACGAGGUCAUCUUCAACUUAUAGCAAAUGCAACAAGUGUAAUUGACAUUUGCAUGACGCAUACAAAGUCAGAUAAUUCCGCUAAAUAUAUCUCUGUAUUCUUACAUGUUUAUCAUAUUGAGAAAAUUGCGGCUAGUAUGAAAGACAAAGAAGAUUUUGAUAAUUCGUCAAUUAUUGCUCAUAAUUCAAUUGAUUUUAUUAGUUAUCAUAUUCGUGUUAUACGUGAAAAACAAAUGGAAUUGCAAAUGAUUAAUCAAAAAGAUUCUUAUUUACUUGAACAAAAUAUAUUAUGGGUUAAUCGAUGGGCAAUUUUACACAUUAGUUUAAUCAUUAGUUGUAGUGUCUUUCAAACUUUUUUCAUUAGACGUUUAUUUCAAACACCAAUAACAACUAAACGAGUGAAAAAAUAA